UUCUGACAUCCGUGUUCAUGAUAUUAGAAAGUUCUCAUUGAAACAAUGUGAAAUUGCAAACAGAACUUAUUAUUUGUAUUUAUAAAAUUCUUAAAUUAAACUUUUAAUAUGUCGAAAAUCUUUACUCCAACAAACCAGAUACGUCUUACAAAUGUAGCAGUUGUAAGACUAAAAAAAAGUGGCAAACGAUUUGAAAUUGCUUGUUACAAAAACAAAGUACUAUCCUGGCGGAAUAACACAGAAAAAGAUAUUGACGAGGUUCUUCAGACGCACACUGUUUUCACAAAUGUGUCCAAAGGGCAAGCUGCAAAAAAGGAAGAACUAAUCAAAGCAUUUGGAAAGUCUGAUGAAACCGAAGUAUGCAAGGAGAUUUUAGCAAAAGGAGAACUCCAAGUGUCUGAGAAAGAACGACAAUCUGUUUUAGAUGCCCAAUUAAAUAGCAUUAUAAACAGUGUGGCAGCGUUAUGUGUUAAUCCCGAAACUCGCCGACCCUAUCCAGCAACCAUUAUUGAAAAAGCGUUGAAGGAUGCCCAUUUCUCCAUUAAAAUGAACAAAAAUGCAAAGCAACAAACACUGGAUGCUAUAAAAUUACUACGUGAGCAUAUACCAUUAGAGCGCUCACGUAUGAAGCUCCGUGUGUCUUUUGCUGGUAAAGAAGGAGGCCAUCGGCUAAAAGAGUCUGUUACUAAAUUAGCUACUAAAGUUGAGCAUGAAGAAUGGGAUGAUGCCACUUUGCAUAUGACAUUACUUAUAGACCCUGGGAAUUACCGUGUUAUCGACGACCUCAUACGAAAUGAAACAAGAGGCAAAGGACUUGUUGAACUAAUCGAGCUAAAGGAAGUAGUGGAAAACGAAGAAAUUUUUUAAUUUAAAUAAUAUAUUCGUUAAAAAUUUUUAAUA